CACUGGACAUAGCAUGCAACAGGUAUUGAUGUUAGCACUGGAAUGAGAGUGCACUGACAUGCAAGACACAUGUGCACAUUCCGAGUUGAGAUCUACCAAUGCUUGUUGAUCUGACAAACGUAAGGAGGGUUCAAAGGCCGACUCUUUUUACCUGAAGGGUCGCCAUGUUUCUUAUCAGGUGUGAAAAAAGGCCACAUCAAAGAGUGUAUCACAGCUACAGGUGAAACCUCUUGGAGUCGUACCGAUGAAGAAAAUACUGGUGACGUCGAUCCACAGAACUUAUAUCAGACAUUGUCCGCGGCAAGAGCCAUGUUGAAGUUGUGUUGGACAUGAGGUGACAAUGAUGAAAACACUGGUGUAACAGUUAGGAAUUGUCUCUACAUCCAUCACACCUCUAUCAUGGGAUGUGGCGCUUCCAAUCAAGUUGGGCCAGGGUUCCAGUCCACCCUGUCGGGGCUGAGCGGGUGUUUUAUGUCCACCUACAAGAUCCAGGCCAACUACGUGUACUCCGAGAAGCACUUCCUCUAUGUCGACAACCUCAGCAAGGUCGAACAACUUCCCCCUCCUCAUCCGCCAUCUUGUUCUAAAGAAGACAUCUUUGAUCCAAGAGACUUUGUGGAUAUUGAUAGACGAGCUGACGCGGCACCUAGCAGUCUCCUGAAGGAACCGUACCCCAAGCUGAUCUCCUACUUACUCGAGGAGCCCAAGGUCAAGUCAAAGGACAAGAACCAGACUCAGGACAAGGACCACGAAGUGCUGACCAAAGUGCGGGCUAUCUACAGAUGGGUGACUGCGCAACAUGUCGACACGAUGACCAUGCCGAAGAAGUCCCCCGAUCCCACCACACCGUUGUUUCAGUUCUGGAGGAUCAAGAACAAGAAGGGGAACUUUGCUCAGCUUGUCAGUAUUCUGUGCAGGCUGGCUAAUGUUACGUGCGUGAUCAUCCACGGCAAGAUGAAAGGUUCAACCUACGAUGUAGGACAACCAAUAGACGACAAGCUCCAUUACGGUGAAUGGAACGCUGUUCUGAUUGGUGGAGACUGGUGGCUACUCAACACCUACUGGGGUGCCUGUGCCGUGGGAAGUUCCGGUGGGGAUGAAUGGCUGGAUAAUGACGGAAAAGAAGAAUCGCUUGAUGUAGAUGCUCCCCAAAAGAAAGGUUUCAUGUUUACCUGUGACGAGAACUACUUCUUAUGUGACCCCAGACAGAUCAUCUCAACCCACCUUCCUGCCUGUCCACAGUGGCAGUUACGGUCAACGCCCAUAACACCCGAGCGGUUCGAGGAGAUGGUUUUCCUGAAGGAUCGUUUCUUCAAUCUUGGCAUGUCCGUCCUCUCACACAAAGACUGUGUCAUUACAUCCACGACUGGAGAAGUCGAGAUAUUCUUUGGAUUAAGAAAAGAUGCCAUUCAUCAUAAAUAUUACUGUUUGUUAUUUAGGCAAGAAGGAAAGACGGUGCAAGGAUUUUCUCCAAAGUAUGAUCGGUAUUUGUUGCUUCAGAGACCCAAAUCCGAUCAGCUCAGCAUUAAAAUCAGGUCCCCUGUGGCGGGAACGUUUAGACUGGAGCUUGUCGGUAUGGACACAAGAAACAAGUCUCCAGGCUAUGAUUAUGACUGGAUAUGUUUGUACAAGAUCAAGUUCACAAAGGCUAAGGCGCGAUGCCAGCCCUACCCAGAUCAACCAGCUCUUGGAUGGGGUCCAGGGCUCACACUGAAGGAGAUGGGUCUGACACCCAUCUCACAUAGCAGUGGGAUGAUCAGAGCAGAUUCUGGUGGAGAGGCUGAAGUGGAGUUUGCUAUACAUGACAAAGAAAAGCUGAAAAAUAUGAAAUUCAUUGGUCGAAUUUCCAAAGGUGGAGUAAAAGAGGAAAAACUUAAGGACAGGGUUGUGUACAGAACUGAAGGAGAUCGCAUCAUCUUUAAUGUGCGUCUACCUAGGAAAGGGGAGUAUGCCCUUAAACUGUACGCCACAAAAGACGAGAAGGAACAUAUGGAUGAAAACAUCUGUAAUUACAUUGUAGUGUCUGAGCAGAAGAAAUCCAAGGAUGCAUACCCUAGAGGAUUUGACAAAGGAACUGGCCUUGGGAAGAUUGAUGUGAGCUUGGGCAUUGAACCCCUGUCACACAAGACCGGUAUAAUCAAGACUGCUGUUGAUGAAGUGAAGCUGGACUUUCAGCUGACGAAGCCAGUGGAACACUCCUGUUCUCUUGUUGGGACAGAGUUGAUGAUCUCUGACGCAAAGAGACUAGUGUCCGAGGAAGUGAACGGGGACAUUGUCACAUACACAGUGCGACUCCCAAAGUUGGGUAAUUACGGCUUUAAGCUGAUAGCUAAACCCACUGAGGGAGGAGUAUUUGAGAAUGUUGUGGACUAUGUAAUAUCCUAUGUGAGGGCAGACGAGGAAAUCAGGACCCCCAUCAUCUUGACCAACAUUGAAACGCCAGUAGAAACACCAGGACCUGAAGAUGAACCCGAGGAGGAAAUCAAGAAACGGAUGGAUGUUGCCAUAGUGACACAGGAUGAGGAGGAACUAGUCAAAGCUAUAGCAGACAUGAAGGAGGUGACAAAUAGUACAAGGUCAGCUCGCAAAGAAAAGAUUCUCAAGAAAUCAUCUGAGAAGACACCACGUGAUGAAAAUGGCAAUACCGACGCAAAGACACCACGGAACAACAAGGAAACACCCCGAAAAGAUAAAACACCACGUGAUGAGAAUGACAAUACUGAUGCAGUGGCACCUGAGAACAAAGAAAAAACACCUCGAGAUUGCAAGACACCACGUGGUGAGAAUGAAACGCUUAGAAAUGAAGAGACACCACGUGGCGAUAAGAAAACACCUCGAGAUAACAAGACACCACGUGAUUUAACCACAGUAAAUGACGAUACAAAUGAUGUUGGCAGAAUCAAACUUGACAAAAUCAUCCCACGCGACAAAGAAGGAGAAAGCAUCCCUAUCCCUAAUGGUAAUGCUGUGCUCCCGGCAAUCUCUGUUGUGGCGCCACUGGAAGAGGAACCAGAAGUGAUAAAGGGCAUGAUUGAGGAAGUGGAUGCCCAGGAGAAGGAAAGGGCCGAGCUAGCCAAAGAGGAACUUGCACGUGCAGAACGAGAAUUACAGAUCAUUAAGGUCCGGAAAGAGUUAAUGGAAGCUAUUGCAGCACGUGAGCUCCAGCGCCUCAUAGCGAUCACGACAAUGAUACGAGACAAGAACUACCAGUCCGCCAUGAUGGAUGAGAUGAAGAAAGCCAAGAGUCUGAUCGAGAGGCUCCAGCACAUCAGGAAACUGUUGCACGCCGUUCUGGAACUGGACCAGAACACUGUGGCUGAAAUCAAAGGAUAUGCCGCCCCUCCACCUGCAGUAAGCAAGGUGCUCAGUGCAACGCUGCUCAUACUGGGGCAUUUCGUGGAGGAGACAAAGGAGUGGAUCAAGGUACAGAAUAUCUUAAGCAGGACGGGGAAGGAGUCCCUGAAGCGGCGUGUGGAGAAGUUUGACAUCAACAAACUGGAACCGGACAUCGCCAUGGGUGCCAAAGUGAUCCUCAAGGACUUGACCCUCAAUCAGGUCCGAGUGGUCAGUGCUGGAGCGGCCACCUUCUAUGUCUGGACAAAGGGGCUCAUUAACGAGAUCGAGACACGCAUGGGCGAGGACAUCCACAACACAAGGCCCAGAACCAGCAACUCCCGCAGAGCCCGGAGAAUGUCACGUUCUCAGGGAAAACAGGCCAAGUUAACUCCCUUGACAAGAGUGGAUUUGUAAAGGUUUGCUUGUGAAACGACCAUAUUCCGUACUACCUCCAACAAAAUACUGAUCAUGCGAUCGAAGCGUUACGAUUACAUAACCCAUAUUGUUAGACUUAUAGAAAGCCUUUCCUGUGAGACAUUUCAAGGGCGUCAAGGCAACACAUGUGAUGUUGAAUUCAGUGAGACCUCAUGAACUCGAAGGAUCAACUAUAUGUCCAUGCAUCUAGUACGGGACAAUGUUAGACCAUAGCUCUGUCGGGACCAUAAAUCUUGAAGACAUUUCGAGAUGAUGGUGUUAGAAUUAACGAGAGUUCACUGCUUUGUCAUUCAGUUUGAGAAACACCUAUGUUAUUAGGAGAAGUGUCCACUUCAUCAACAAAGCCAUAACACAUGGACAGCACUUGAUUUAUUUAUUAUGACGAGGCAUAGCAUAUCAGAUAUGCAUAUUUCAUGUUGAUUGUUUAGCGUCCAUAAAAACAGAUGUAGAAUAUUAUUCUUAAGCAAUAACAAACAAUAGUUAUAACACGUUCUUUAAAUGGAACUUUUAAGAGCGCUUCCAGCAGACUGAUUUUGCACUCGAAUGUAUGAUUUAUUUACAUGUGACCUGUUGGACCUCUCAAACUUUGUAGAUGCAUGGGCCUACCAUAGCAUAAAUACUUUGAGAUGAAUAUUCUAUAUCUAUAUACAUUAAUCCGUCCAUGGCCUUUUGUUAUUUGUAAACUGUGAUAUUUUGUUGACUGUUUAUUGUGAAACAUGUAUCAAUACUGUUCUAAGUGUUAUAUUUUUCUAAAUAUAUUUAUAUGAAUGUGUGCACAAUACAUGUGAUGUACUGUUCUUACUAUUAUUGUAGAUGUAUGGGUUUUGUAUGAUAUUUCAUGAAAUAAAGCUCUGUGUUGCUAUCUACGUAUUUG